CGCUGCCAUCUCAGGAGACCCUGUUGCCUCGAGCCCAGGCUACUUGGCUCCCAACGCGACCCCCUUUCCCCAUUGGCUGUCCUGGCAAAAGCUGCUAUCUAAUAAGGAGCGAGGUGCAGAGUCACCGAGCCCGUGCUCCCUGUGUCUGGAUCUAGUCCUGCGGAAGGGCGACCCCCUGGUGGCCAAGCUAGUGCAAGGCCCAGGAGCCCGGUGACGCUCCCUUGGCUUGAGGACUAAGUCCUGUAGGGGAGUCUGGGUCUCCCCUAGAAGCUCCGCGUCUCCAACCUGAAACCCAACCCGGGAAGCUCCAAAUUCCGAUUGAGAUCCAAACCAGGGAGUGGUGGAGUCGAGGGUGAACGCCGGGAGGGACGAUGUUCUACUAUCCCAACGUGCUCCAGCGCCACACUGGCUGCUUUGCCACCAUCUGGCUGGCAGCAACACGUGGCAGCCGGUUGGUGAAGCGCGAAUACUUGAAGGUGAACGUGGUGAAGACCUGCGAGGAAAUCAUCAAUUAUGUGCUGGUUCGAGUGCAACCCCCGCUGCCCGGCCUGCCGCGGCCCCGCUUCUCCCUCUAUCUCUCAGCCCAGCUCCAGAUUGGCGUGGUCCGUGUCUACUCUCAACAAUGCCAGUACCUCAUGGAGGACAUCCAGCACAUCCUGGAGCGCCUACAUCGGGCCCAGCUGCAGAUCCGCAUUGAUAUGGUGGAGCCUGAGCUACCCAGCCUGCUGCUUCCUAACCACUUGGCCAUGAUGGAGACCCUGGAAGAUGCUCCAGACCCCUUUUUUGGGAUGAUGUCUGUGGAUCCCAGACUUCCCAGUCCUUUUGAUAUCCCUCAGAUUCGACACCUCUUAGAGACUGCAACCCCAGAGAGAGUUCUUGUGGAGAUCCCUCCUGAAGUUCCUACAGAGCCCAGGGAGCCAGAGAGGAUUCCGGUUACUGUGGUGUCUCCUGAGGCCAUCACCCUCCUGGAGGCAGAGCCCAUCCGCAUUCUGCAGAUCGAGGGUGAACAGGAGCUCCCAGAGAUCAGCCGCCGAGAGUUGGACCUGCUGAUUGCGGAGGAAGACGAAGCUAUCUUGUUAGAGGAAGGCAGGCCUCCCCGGCCUCGUAGGGCCCCCCCAGAGCUAGAAGAGUUCAAGGAGGAGCCCCGGGCCCCAGAAGUUGCUGUUGCAGUUCCCCCACUCUCGCCUCCAGCUCCUAUACAGGUGGAAGGGAUAGGAGAGCCACUUCCAGGAGAGGUCGUAGGUCCUGAGGAGCUGAAGCUGAUAGGCUGGGAGCCCGGGGUCCUACUGGCUGAGGUGACUCCCCCGCCAGAGCUGCGUCUGCCAGCCCCACCCAGCCCAGAGCUGAGGCCCCUAGUCCCCCCACCUGAAAGGCCACCAGCUCGUCGCCGCCGCCAAUUACUGUUCUGGGAUGAGGAAACUCAGAUCUCUCGGGAGCAAUUCCAGGAACAACUGCAAACCAGAGUCCACUGCCGGGAGUGUCCAAUGGUGCAGCCUCCCGAGAGGACACUCAUGAGCCCUGCAGAGUUGUUCCGAACUCCAACUCACACUGGCUGGCUACCCCCAGAACUACUGGCUUUCUGGAAGCGCGGUGCCCUGCCACCUCCGAGCAUGCUCAGGCAAAGGCUGCUCCAGGAGGCUGAAGAGGCUGAGAGGGCGGCAGCUGCUGAGGAGGAGAGGAGAAAGACUGAAACUCCGAGUGAGAUCGAAGUCCUGAGGGAGGCCCAGGAGCCCAGUGGUCCCCUCAUGGUGUCUUCAGAGCUCUCCUUGGAAGCAGCUGAAGAGGAGAAGUCCCGUAUCAGCCUCAUCCCACCAGAAGAACGGUGGGCCUGGGCUGAGGCAGAGCAGCCAGAGCCCCUUGCAUUGCCCGUGGUGCCCGAACUCCCUGAGGUGCCCAUGGAGAUGCCUUUGGAGCUACCCCUGGAGCCUGGGCUGCUCUCACUAGAGUCCGUGCACAGGGCAGUGGCCCUGGAGCUGCAGGCCAACAGGAAGCCUGACUUCAGCAGCCUAGUGCCACCUCUCAGCCCGCGCAGGAUGGCUGCCCGGGUCUUCUACCUGCUCCUAGUGCUCUCAACACAGCAGAUCCUUCACGUGGAACAAGAGAAACCGUAUGGGCGCCUCCUGAUCCGGCCAGGGCCCAGGUUCCACCAAGAUUAGAGGCCAUUUACAAAGCUGCCAGGAAACUGGUUACGUUAAACCAAGUUCUGCCUCACUGGGCCCUGCCUGCCUUGUUUCUGAAUGUGCAUCUCCAUCCUUCCUGUUCUCAGAGCUACUGUUUAAGCAGAAAACAAACUGCCUUUAUUACAGUA